AAUACCAUUUUUUUUCCUCAUUUAAUCGUUGAGAGUUUGUUCAGAUUUCACAAAACAAAGGGAUAUUUUACAAGGUCAAAAGUUUGACCACCACCUGUACUCGAAAUAUUUACAUUAUGCAAAUUAAAUUACGCCGAACACCUAAUCGUCACUGCUUCAGAUCGUUUAUCAAUACAACCAAUUUGAAGUUUAUUUUUUUUCUUCCAGACUCGAGAAAUAGGAAAUAUACAAAAAUAUAAUUACUGAUAGGUGUGUCACUGUUAAAAUGUGCUGAUUAUUUGGUAUACAUAAGCAACUAUUAAAGUGUCCGGUUAAGGUACCUCAUUCAGAGCAAUUUCAGGCUGGUUCAGUUCCUCAUGCAUUCUUGCUUUUCAACGCUGCUGUGGCUGUAUAUUGUGUGUGUAUGUGUAUCAUCGACGAAGGAUGCUCAGGCAGAUCGAACGGAGGCUACAUCAAAUCAAAGUUUCAUUGAAGGAGAUGGCCAAGCAACGAACUCAAGUCAAAUACAAUGUGGUGGUGAUAUAUUCGAGAAUGCAUCAGGAACUCUGAGGUUUCCCGAUGGUAGUGGUAAUUACAGCAACAACCUAACAUGUGAAUGGUGGAUACAUGUUCCACUUAGCAAGAACAUUAAGAUAUGGCUUACGUUAUUAGAUAUACCAAACUACCCUCCAGAAUGCUCCAACGGUGAUCACGUUACAUUAUACGACGGUUACAAGCAUGGGGUUUUUAUUGGGAAAUUUUGCGGGAAAAAUAUUUCAACCGUAUUUCGUUCACACUCCAGUGUUGUUGGUGUGGAGUUUCAGUCCGAUGGUGAAAAUGCAGGUCUGGGGUUCAUUUUGCAAUUUGUUGCCAUUCAAAAGAAUAUCUCAAACGGAAAUCCGCUUGCGAGAGGAGUAAAUGAAGCAGAUGUGCGGGGUGAGAGUGAUAACAGUUUCAUGACACCCACCCUGGAGAAUAAAACAACGAGAAACACGCGGGAGGUGAAUACCAAAGACAAUCCCCUGCCUAUGUUCAUGUCAAUAUCGUUAAGUAGGGCGAUAACUUCGAAAAAAACAAAUCUGGAGAAAGAGUCAGACCCAACAACUGGAUCUUACGUUGAAGAAUUAACUACAAAGCCAGCAGUUGAACAAAGUGUCACUGAUAGUUUGCCUAACUUAGAUUCUUUACUGCCGACAAAAUAUUAUACAGAGGUACAUUAUAACCCCUAUGAGCAUUUCCGUACCACAACAUAUGAGUUGUUCACUCCGGAAUCAACCACAAGUGAAGCUGUUAAACUAGGAACUAUUAGACAUCAAAACAAAAGUAACAUAACUAUCAAGCCAUUUCUGAAUGUUCCCACCACAGUUCAGGGAAUUCUGCUCUGCGACCUGUUAGAAAAAACACUCUCUAGUACUUUACGGAAUCUGCGGAUAUUCCAGGAAGUUGGAAUCUUGGUUUCUCAACAUCAAGCUGGUUACGACAUUAUACAGCUCGCAGCCCAGGCAGAUAAAGCAGUGCAAAGAGUAUUGUCAGAUAUAUUAGAAGAGCAGAAUUAUUUGGAUAACAGUGAGUGUUUAGAAAACGUUAGUGCUACCUACAAUGCCAAACUAAAUGAAUUUAGGAAAAUCUUUGACCUGGCUCCCAUUCCCACUCAAUCUAACGAACCAUUAACAACCGAUGCCAACAUUACUGACAAACGAACUACGACCGAUACCUACCCGGACCAAGUACCAGAUAUAGGAAUUGAUGAUAUAUUUGAAUUUCUCAACGAGGAGGACUUGGUAACUUUGUGUUUAGAACUGAACACAUCUUUGACUGAAACGAAAGAAUCACUUCAGAUACUACAAGAGUUGAAGAAUUUUUUAAGUAUUGAUGAAACACCAGUUAGGGAAGAUGCUUUUCAAUUAUACCUGAGCAACGUGAAAGAAUCUUUAUUUAAUCUUAUAGCCCAAUUUCAUUUAUUUGAAAAUAUUUUUUCAAACGAUACUUGCUUGAACGAAAUUGAAGAACUUCUUUCAAAAACACUGGAUUUAACAUACGAAAUUGAUGAUUUUGGAAGCAACGAAUUCAGUCAAAGAGAGAAAUUUGUUUGUAGUACAGAAUUAACUGCAGUUAAUUCAGUAAUAUAUUCACCUGGUUAUCCUAGGGCUUAUCCUAAUAAUUUAGCUUGUGAAUGGUUCAUCUCUGUCCGUCCUGCUAAAUUGAUAGCGAUGAAGUUCAUCAAUUUUAAAAUAGAUUCUGUGCCACAGAUUACUGGAUGCGACCGCUCUUACGAUUACAUAGAGGUUAUGUACUGGUUGCAUAAGAUGGUUCGCAAAGUGGACGUGUACUGUGGAUUAAUACCACCGCCAGUUAUAGUAUCGCUGUCAAAUCAAAUGUCAAUCAUUCUACGAACUAAUGACAUAAUAACGAAUGAUGGUUUUAUUGCUGUUUACACUGAAGUUGACCGGUAUCCUAUUCCAGAUCCAAGCAAUAUUGCGUUUCCAAUUGAAUUAGCUGACGCAUUUCUACCACCCACAGUCAGGUCUGCGACCUCGGAAUCAGAAAAUGAUGCAUUUCUUGUACUUCAAGCUGGCGGUCCAUGUAUAAAAAACCUCGUUGAAACGCAAGGUAUGUUUUCAUCACGCGAACUGUUAAGGGAUCCGUUGCCUCUGAGAAAAUGCAUUUGGAACAUUUUAACUGAACCCUGGAAAACUAUUACUUUACAUUUGACGUUUAAUCUUAGUCCGUCUAAAUUGGACGGAACUUGUGACCCUUCCCGUGCAUAUAUCCUUUUAGUUAAAAACGAUUCCUCAUUGCAAGGCAGUCCGCUUUGUGGAAAUCAAGCUAUUCAGAGAAUAUCGCUUGGAAAUUCGAUGAAAGUUGUUGUAAACCUUAACAGUGAAACCGACGUCUACUUUCAGGCAAAAUAUACAACCCAAGACAACCCAGCUAUACAGUCGCGUUUCAUUUUACCAGGUGUUACUAAGGAAAUAAUUAAUGAAAACUUACCAUACGACGUAAUCCCAUCUUGUGGCCGAAUAAUGAAAGCCAGGGAAGGAAGUAUAUUGUCGCCAAACUACCCGGCUGAGUACACUACAAAUAUCAACUGCUUGUGGAGUAUACUUGCCAACCGUGACGAAUACAUAAUUUUACUGUUUGAGGACUUCGACUUAGACUCGAUAUCUGUGUCUCAAAUCUGUGAUGAUUUGUAUUCUAAAGUUAUCAUACAUUUUUACAACGGCGAUGGUAACAUUGUUUCCAGAGGUUUUUGCGGUAAGCGAUUGCCAGUCGUGAUAGUUUCGAAAGGAAACCAGAUGACGAUCACCUUUAAGAGUCUAAAUGGGUACGGCAGGGGGUUCAGUGCCAAGUACAGGACGAUUCCGAUUAGACUUUUUUCAACUAUUUAUCUUGGUAAAGGUUUAGAGUAUUUUGUGGAACAUGGCUACAGUGAUGAAGAUUUACAGUCAACGACACCAGGUUACAAUAUUCAUCGACGAAUUAUCGAUUCGUACGUAGACAAUGAAGACGUUAGCUCCGAUUGUAGCUUUAGAUUAACCGAUACAAUUGGAACAUUUGGAAGCCCCGUUAACCAAGACGGUCUCUAUCCUCAUAAUUUGAUUUGCAUAUGGAAUAUAAUUGCGAGUUCGACAUCUAGAAUUUCUUUACACUUCACGGAAUUUAAUCUAGAUGGACCACGAACUGUAAUUUGCGAUACCAAAUACUCUUAUGUAACGGUUUUACGAACCAAUGAAUUCGGCACUGUCGAAGUUGGACGGUACUGUGGGGACGAGGAUCUGCAAACCAUAACAUCUCUUGGACAACUUGUCAUUAAGUUCUACAGCAUGAAUGGCAUUGGCACAGGGUUUAAAGCAAGGUACAUUUCCAAUGAUUUGACUGCGACUAAUACAAUGUCGUCCAGCUGCAUUUUCUCAAGAAAUGGAACUGGCGAAGUCAAAUUUUCAUCUGAAUUGUUUCAACAGUACCAACAUAGUGGAGUGUGUAUUUGGAAUAUCCUCUCAGAACCUAAUCAUAAUUUAUAUCUUGAGUUUCAGUAUUUUCGGCCAGACAUGACCUCGGAAGGAUCAUGUGAGGCGAUCUAUUCUCAUAUUAUUGUGACGUACACAGAUUAUAUUGGACGGGAGAUCGACGACGUGUUUUGUGGAAUGCGUCCAUCAGUAUUUAUAUCGAAUUCGGAAAACAUUGUACUGAAAUUGUUCAAUAUGAACGAAAAUACCAAAUUCAAAGCAAAUUAUUCAUCAGUCAGUAUGCUGCUCGAUGAUCGUAGGAUAGUCAAACCCGUUGAUGACACAACAGAACAACUACAAACAGGGCCUCCAUGUUUGUUCACAUUGUCAAAAAAAGAAGGGGAAUUUAACAAUCUUGAUCAGGAUAACGUUCACGCAGAAUGCGUUUGGCAAAUCAGUGUAGAUAGCCAAUUGGUAAUUUUACUCACUUUUGAAGAAACGGAAGUGGCUGACUGUAAUGAACUAAUCGUUGUGGACUUUCAAGACAAACUCCCGUUUGAAGUGGACUCUUGUGUCAUAAGGGAAAAUGCAUUCCUCUCCUCUUCAAAUUAUCUCGAAAUUAAAAAAUUACGUUCUUCAAAUUUAAAGUUUAAGUACACAGCAGUGAACCCAUUUGCCGAUGGGUUCAGAAUGUUUCGUCCACUUGGGCAAAUGGUUACAAAUUCGGUUGAUCGACUAACCCCUAGAUCCACUUUAACUGAUCAGCUGCAACAUGAAUAUACUGAUGAUAUCACCACAUUUUCAAGAAAGGCGCAAUUUCGGUUAAGUAAACUUGAACCCCAGACUAACACUCCUCAAAUAGAAAACACUGAUACCAAAAUAACCACCGAAUUCCCCUGUGACAUGGUUCUCCGUUCUUUCAACGGAAGUAUCAAAUCACCUGGUUAUCCACACUCUUACCCAUCAAAUAUGGAAUGUGGAUGGAGUAUUUCCGUCGGUGAUGCUGGCACUAUUGUUAUUGAUUUUUUAGAUUUCGAUAUCAACCACUAUUCUCUGCCGAAUGAAUGUGAACCCAUGUACGGUCACCUAGAUAUAAUCUCAGUUCCAGAUUCUCAAAUACUCCGGCGGAUGUGUGGGCCGACAUCACCAAUGACGUUUUUCACAAAUUCGAGUGACGUCAAGAUUGUCAUUUUUACACAAUAUGGUUUCGGAAGAGGUUUCCAUUUGCUGUAUUACACUACUGUAACAACUAAUGAAUUUGAGAGGGAGAAUCAUCCAGUCACACAAAGUCCAUUAAGAAAAUUGAUGGAGCCCACUGCUGCGGUUCUUCAAAAUAAUUCAAAAGAUGCAAAUGAUUCUGCCAUGGAAACUGGGAUUCAGCAAAGGUUUCUCCUUAAACCACCUGAUAGUAACUUACCAACGGCAUCCCCUACACCAGCUCUUGCAACAUUACAUAGUGGAGGUGAAAUCAUAGGAGAUAGUACAUUGACCUACCAAAGCAGAGUAUUUACCGACGAACCGUUCAAAACCGGUAAACCAUUAACGCACAAACGCGUUAACGUAGGUAACACGUUAACUUACGAGUUCCACAACACUACAACCAAAUGGAAGGUAGGAAUGCGGUUUCUAGAUAUGCUACCUCAUCCGUCUAGAAAUUCGUCAAAAAGAAAUUUUGCAGUACCUGUGUUCCAUGCAACAAAGAACUCGACGACGCUCGUAGCAACAACAGAAACAACGACACUGAAUGAGAACCAUACAACGGCCAUGCAGACUACAUCAAAUAAUGAAACAACAGAAUCAACUAUACCUACGACUAUACACACAACUGAAUCUGAAGAAAAAGAUAAUCUACUUUCGAAGUCGGAGACACGUCUGGCUUUAUAUAUUGCCAUAGGAAUUGCAGGAAUCGUAGCAUUACUGUUCCUGGUUUUGGUGUCUGUCUGCACGCGACAUUCCCGCUCUAUUGACAUCCAAGCUGCUCAUCAGGAAAUUAGCCAACAACCAACCUAUAGAACAUGGGCCUCGCCUCCAACUCGUGCCCCUGCAGAGCACGAACGCUUGGUUUGAAAAUCUUAAAUUAGGGUUGAUUUGUAAGCUUAUAAAAAGCUGUAAUCAAUACUGCUUUUUACUUCAUGAAGUUUAGAAUUUUGAGUUGAUCCAUCCCCAUUUAAAAUGGACCUUUCCACAAACUUUCUUGGAUAUUAUUGCUAAACCAAAACGACGGCGUGAACGUAAAUUUGUGGUUUGUGGGACAUGCGCGUAGUCAUGGUAAAUGAAUAACACGUUCUGUUUUGUCAGUUGAAUUGGCACUUCAGAAAGGUCCAUUAAUUUUCACAGCAUUUUAAUAAUCGAUCGUAUUAAAUUCGUUUAUUCUCUGUGUUGGCUCGAAUGACGAACUUCGACAAACAAAUGACGAAGGCAUAUUUAUAUUUUUUAUUGUUUUGUAAGCUUACAAAAACCCCUUAUUCAAAUAAAUAAUAUUGAAAUAAAAUUGAAUUUAAAGUUCGAUAGAAAAAGUGGAGCGUUGAAAAUUGCUUCGCCGCCAAUACGUUUUCACGAACUCUUGGUGCAAGACGCUGAUAAUUAUUAUGAAAAUAAAUUAAUGAUUACUAGUGUUAGAUUUGUAAUUAGCCCUACGGUUAAUCAUAUAUUGAUUACAGUAUUUAUUCAAUCAUACUAUAUUUUUUAUAGUAGCUUUUGGUGGAAAAGAAGAUAUUCGAAUGAUUUCGAUUUUUCACAGAUUGGAUUGAAUCGAAUGCUGUUUAAAUUUGAAAUUGCUGACUGUUUAAAAUGAAUGUUGUUUGUAACUGAA